AUGGCGAGGAGGCGAAAACCUGGGCUGAAGUUUGCAAAACAUGUUAUCUCUUUGGAGCUCCCUUCAACUAAUGACGAAGAAUCUGAACAAAAACGUCCUGAAGAACCAGUGAUAGAAGAACCUGAAGGGUUAGGGCUUACGGAAGAACAGGAGUAUGAUGUUCGGUCUUUGGAUGAAGGUUCGAAGAAGGGCUACGAUCUUGAUAUGAACCACGAAACAACAACCUGGGCUGCAGAAGUCGAAGAGCAAUCCUUCCAGGAUUCAGCCAAGGAAACUUGGGCUAAGUUUCGCGAAUCAAUUCCCUCUCAUGGUGUGUUUGAGGGAUUUGUUAAAAGGAUUUGGGGAAACCUUGGCAUUGUGAGUGUUGCCCGAAUGAAUGCUAGAUUUACUAUGGUGAAAUUCAGAGAUGAGGCAACAAGGGAUCUAGUGUUAGAAUCAGGGGUAGUGCACUUUGAUAGGAAACUAGUUGUCCUCCGCCCUUGGACCACUGAUAUUGAGUCUCUGAAAUCCAUCAAAUCAGUACCAAUAUGGAUUAGGCUGCCUGAUCUUGGGUUGCAAUACUGGGGAGUGAACUGUUUGAGUGCUCUUGUUAUCACAAUAGGAAAACCCAUAAUGAUUGACAAAAUUACUCAGAAUCGAUCUAUGAUUAAGUUCGCUAGAGUCUUAGUUGAGAUGGAGAUAGCUAAUACACUUCCGAAGUUCAUUAGCUAUUUUAACGAUAAGGGACAAAUUGUGGAACAGAUUAUUGACUAUGAAUGGCUGCCAACAAAGUGCUCUAAUUGUAAGAAAUUGGGUCACUCAGUUUCUUCAUGUAAGUUUGUUUCUGAAGCUGUUUGGAGGAAGAAAGAGGUGAAGCAAAUGGAAGGAAAUGAUGGUAGUUUUAGUACAGAACAAGAAGUGGUAGAGAGGGCAGAUUGCCAAAAUGGAAAUACAUCUGAAUCUAAAAUCAAUGUUAGUCCGUCUGAAGCUGGUUUAGUUCAUCAAACCAGCUCCUCUCAAUUAGCUGAUGUCCAGGUUUCUCCUAAUCCAGUAGAGGCUAGCUGGAUUUCUCCGAAAAAGACAAGAGUCAAGAGGCAUGGAGUCCAGAAUUCUAUUAAACAAGCCAUAAACCAGUUUAGUGUUCUUCAGGAAGGUCAGAAACCAGCAAUUAAAGUCCCAAUCAAAUCAAAUACUCAUGGAUUGCAUCAACAUAAUGAGUUGGAAUGUUAG